AUGCCGAGAACACAGAUGAUGAUUAUUAGAACGCCCAUUACUUCCAUGGUUGCGUUUUUGUUGUGGAUGUGUUUGUGUAGUUGUAGGUUUGUGAAGGUGAGGAUGGAUGUUGUAGAGCUCGAGGUGAGGCCAAGAAGUGGUGGAUCGAUGCACGGGAUUGAGGGGUGCUUGGCGAGUGUGGAAAUUUGGGGUUUGAGGAUUGGAUUUGAGGUUGGGGAUUGGUGA